CCCGUUAAAAGAUGGAGAGCGUGAAAGACCUGCAGAACGUUCUAUUUGGAGGCAAACGCUUCGCCAAUCACGUGGAUGAAGUUUGGCCCGGCCUGUUCCUUGGUGACAUGUACGUACGACUCCACCAUCACGACUUCUUUAAUAGACGCGCUUCCACGCUACGCAGGUCGGCAGCCAACGAUCGCUACAUUGUGUGGAAGCUGGGAAUCACGCACGUGGUGAACGCAGCGCACGGCAGAGCGUACAGUCGGGGCAGCCGACGCUUCUACGGAGACGGCGUGGAUUAUUACGGCAUACCCGCGGAGGACUCGGUCACCUUUGACCUCUCGGCGUAUUUCUACCCGUGUGCAGAGUACAUCCACAACGCUCUUGGCACGGCCUGUGCUGGUGUUUUGGUGCACUGUGCCGUGGGGGUGAGCCGCUCCGCAUCCCUGGUGCUAGCGUACCUAAUGAUCUGGCACGGCUACACGCUGCUGGAGGCCAUACGGAAGGUCAAAGAACGCCGCUGGAUUUUCCCCAAUAAAGGAUUCCUCAGGCAGCUUUGCCUUUUACAAGUAAAACUACAACAGUCUUAGUCAUUACAUGUACGUAUGUACGUAUACUGCAUGUACUGUAGUAUAUGUACAGUAUAUACGUAUUUGAAAGCAAUGCCUGUAGUCUGAU